AUGAGCUCCCAAAGCCACCCAGAUGGACUUUCUGGCCGAGACCAGCCCGUGGAGCUGCUAAACCCGGCCCGUGUGAACCACAUGUCCAGCACUGUGGAUGUGGCCUCGGCACUGCCUUUGCAGGUGGCUCCCUCCGCGGUGCCCAUGGACCUGCGCCUGGACCACCAGUUCCCGCUGCCUGUGGCAGAGCCCGCCCUUCGGGAACAGCAGCUGCAGCAAGAGCUCCUGGCUCUGAAGCAGAAGCAGCAGCUGCAGCGGCAGAUCCUCAUCGCAGAGUUCCAAAGGCAGCACGAACAGCUGUCGCGGCAGCACGAGGCCCAGCUGCACGAGCACAUCAAGCACCAGCAGGAACUGCUGGCCCUGAAGCACCAGCAAGAGCUUCUAGAGCACCAGCGGAAGCUGGAGAGGCACCGCCAGGAGCAGGCGCUGGAGAAGCAGCACCGCGAGCAGAAGCUGCAGCAGCUCAAGAACAAGGAGAAAGGCAAAGAAAGUGCUGUGGCCAGCACAGAAGUGAAGAUGAAGUUGCAAGAGUUUGUCCUCAAUAAAAAGAAGGCGCUGGCCCACCGGAGCCUGAACCACUGUAUCUCCAGUGACCCUCGCUACUGGUAUGGGAAAACUCAGCACAGCUCCCUGGAUCAGAGCUCCCCACCCCAGAGCGGUGUGUCGGCCUCCUACAACCACCCGGUCCUGGGCAUGUACGACGCCAAAGACGACUUCCCUCUAAGAAAAACAGCUUCAGAACCCAAUCUGAAAUUACGGUCCCGGCUAAAGCAGAAAGUGGCUGAGAGACGGAGCAGCCCCCUGUUGCGCAGAAAAGAUGGGCCUGUGGUCACUGCUCUAAAAAAGCGUCCCUUGGAUGUCACAGACUCUGCAUGCAGUAGUGCCCCUGGCUCUGCACCCAGCUCGCCUAACAACAGCUCCGGGAGCGUCAGCACGGAGAAUGGAAUCGCACCUACCGUCCCCAGCAUCCCAGCCGAGACCAGCUUGGCACACAGACUGGUGACUCGGGAAGGCUCCGUGGCCCCACUUCCCCUCUACACAUCGCCAUCCUUGCCCAACAUCACACUGGGACUUCCUGCCACCGGCCCUUCUGCUGGGGCAGCAGGCCAGCAGGAAGCCGAGAGACUGGCUCUCCCAGCCCUGCAACAGCGGCUCUCCCUCUUUCCCGGCACCCACCUCACACCCUACCUGAGCACAGCGCCCCUGGAGCGGGAUGGCGGGGCAGCUCACAACCCUCUCCUGCAGCACAUGGUCUUACUGGAGCAGCCACCCACACAGACGCCCCUCGUCACAGGCCUGGGCGCCCUGCCCCUGCACGCACAGUCUCUGGUUGGCACAGACCGGGUAUCCCCCUCCAUCCACAAGCUGAGGCAGCACCGUCCACUGGGGCGCACACAAUCGGCUCCGCUGCCCCAGAAUGCCCAGGCCCUGCAGCACCUGGUCAUCCAGCAGCAGCACCAGCAGUUUCUGGAGAAACACAAGCAACAGUUUCAGCAGCAGCAGCUGCACAUGAACAAGAUUAUCCCCAAACCCAGCGAGCCAGCCCGGCAGCCUGAGAGCCACCCCGAGGAGACAGAGGAGGAGCUCCGUGAGCACCAGGCCCUCCUGGAGGAGCCUUACCUGGACCGGAUCUCUGGGCAGAAGGAGGCCCAGGAGCUGGCUGGAGUGCAGGUGAAACAGGAGCCCUUGGAGAGUGAUGAUGAGGAGACAGAGCCAUCGCGGGAAGUGGAACCCAGCCAGCGCCAGCCCACAGAGCAAGAGCUGCUUUUCAGACAGCAAGCGCUCCUGCUGGAACAGCAGCGGAUCCACCAGCUGAGGAACUACCAGGCCUCCAUGGAGGCCGCUGGCAUUCCAGUGUCCUUCGGCGGCCACCGGCCUCUGUCCCGGGCACAGUCCUCCCCAGCAUCUGCCACCUUCCCCAUGUCUGUGCAGGAGCCCCCCAGCAAACCGAGGUUCACCACAGGCCUGGUGUACGACACACUGAUGCUGAAGCACCAGUGCACCUGCGGGAACAGCAACAGCCACCCCGAGCAUGCCGGCAGGAUCCAGAGCAUCUGGUCUCGGCUACAGGAGACUGGCCUUCGAGGCAAAUGCGAGUGUAUCCGAGGACGGAAGGCCACCCUGGAGGAGCUGCAGACCGUGCAUUCAGAGGCACACACCUUGCUCUACGGCACGAACCCCCUCAACAGGCAGAAACUGGACAGUAAGAAACGUCUAGGCUCGCUGACGUCCAUGUUUGUCAGGCUGCCCUGUGGCGGUGUCGGGGUGGACAGUGACACCAUAUGGAACGAGGUGCACUCGUCAGGGGCAGCCCGUCUGGCUGUGGGCUGUGUGGUGGAGCUGGUCUUCAAGGUGGCCACGGGGGAGCUGAAGAAUGGCUUUGCUGUGGUCCGCCCUCCAGGACAUCACGCAGAGGAGAGCACACCCAUGGGUUUCUGCUACUUCAACUCCGUGGCUGUUGCAGCCAGGCUUCUCCAGCAGAGGCUGAAUGUGAGCAAGACGCUCAUAGUGGACUGGGAUGUGCAUCAUGGAAAUGGGACCCAGCAGGCCUUCUACAGCGACCCCAAUGUUCUCUACAUCUCACUGCACCGCUACGACGAUGGCAACUUCUUCCCAGGAAGCGGGGCUCCUGACGAGGUGGGCACAGGGCCUGGCGUGGGCUUCAAUGUCAACAUGGCUUUCACUGGUGGCCUUGAUCCCCCCAUGGGAGAUGCAGAGUACUUGGCAGCUUUCAGAAUGGUGGUCAUGCCAAUCGCAAACGAGUUUGCCCCGGAUGUGGUGCUGGUGUCAGCAGGCUUCGACGCCGUGGAGGGCCACCCCACACCUCUGGGCGGCUACAACCUCUCUGCCAAAUGUUUCGGGUACCUGACGAAGCAGCUGAUGGGCUUGGCUGGUGGCCGGAUAGUUCUGGCCCUGGAGGGGGGCCACGACCUCACGGCCAUUUGUGACGCCUCGGAAGCAUGUGUUUCUGCUUUGCUGGGAAACGAGCUCGAUCCUCUCCCAGAAAAGGUUUUACAGCAGAGACCCAAUGCUAACGCUGUCCGGUCCAUGGAGAAGGUCAUUGAGAUUCACAGCCAGUACUGGCGCUCCCUGCAGCGCCUCCCCUCCACUGUGGCCUACUCCCUGGUCGAGGCCCAGAAGCGUGAGAAUGAAGAAGCCGAGACAGUCACCGCCAUGGCCUCCCUGUCCGUAGGUGUGAAGCCUGCUGAGAAGAGGCCUGAGGAGGAGCCCAUGGAAGAGGAGCCGCCCCUGUAA